AUGCCGUCACGCGGGGGCCGGUCGUCCUCCAACCCAUGGGGCCGCCUCAAGGCACCCGAUCAAGACCCUCUGGAGAUCAUGGGCCUGCCAUCCAAAGGCGAUACCAGACUUCUCGAUUUCAAGACGCAAGAGCGAUAUUACACAAAAAUUGUGGAACGCUACAUGUCCUUCUGCUCUGAUUCUGGGCAACGGGAUGAGCUCCUUCGUAGAUUCGCUUCUUUAAACCUAGACAGCGGCCCCGGGCAGGCGACGGCCGCAGCGCCCGCGCCCACCAUCGCUCAUGGCCCCGGGGGACGCAGCGCCAUGGCCGCGGUGCCGCCCCCGCCGGUGACGAUGGCAGCGACGAGCAACACCAAGGCCCUGUCUGACGUGAUGAUGGCGCUGCGCAAACUUAGAGAGGGCAUCGUGGCGUCCAAGCGCGCCGACGACUUUUCCGUGCAAUCGUACCUCUUUGCAUCCGGCUAUCGCUUGACCAGUUUAGAAUUCCAGGAAGUCGUGGGCUACCUGGUCCUCGACGCCGCGUGUCGCAGGGGCGAUUUGGCCGAGGCCUACGGUCUCCGGAGGCGGUACGGGUUGCGCGACGGCAAGGUGCUCGCGGUGCUCAAGGCGCUGACGCACGAUAACUACAUCGCGUUUGGGAAAAUCAAGGACGCCGUCGAUGGGCACAAGGUCAGCUUGAUGGAGCUUGCGGAGCCUGAGUUGCGGGUGCACACGCUCAAGUGCUUCGGCCGGGGGUAUCUUUCGGUGGACAAGACGUUUCUGGAGAGGUCGACGUCGUCCGGCUGGGAGAGCCUCACGUCCAAGGACGGCGUUGGGUGGCAGCUGGAUGGGGACAAGGUCAUUAUACGCAAGAUCAAGGCACGUCAGGCUCGUCAAGACCCAAUGGCCUACCUCGAAGAACUCCCAACGGAGCUUUUGUCGCUGAUCCUCGGCGCCACCGAAGACCCCCAGGACGUCAUUGCCCUCAUAUUAGCAUCACCGGCUUGCCUCCGCACCUUCAACCAAAACCUUGCCUCGGUUUAUAGGGUCGCUUCCCAGAAUUCCAUCUUGCCCGGGGCACGUCGCCACGCCUUGGCCAUUUGCCAUCUCCCUGAUACGAUCGAGUACGAGUCCGAGGAACUCAAAGACUUUAUUGAUGAGUAUUUUUCGCCCCAGCCGCUCGACCCACCGCAAAGCAUCGCCGCCUUGCUGACGUGGUGGAGGGUCAAGUUCCUAGCAUCACGCUUCAUCCCAGAGUAUGCCCGCAGCGCGUACGCACACCUGGUCCAGGGUCUGGAGGCGGAACCGGGGGCGACGCGACCGGACCCAGACCCGCUGUCGCCUGCCGAGCGCACGAGAUUCCAGAGGGCGUUUUUCCGAUACGAGUUUUACUGCCGCAUGUUCCCGGGGCCAGGCCAAAAGUACAGGGUUCCCUCCUCGACGAGGGCCCAGGUGCGUUUGUUCGUGGGCCGUCUCGAGGCUUGGGAGAUAGAAGAGAUGAUCUGCGUCCAUCACUAUUUCGUGGCGCUCGUUAAGCGUUAUAUCGAGGAUCUCGGCGACUCCUUGGUGAAAGCAGUCCUCGAAACGCCAGGCGUGUCGCUCACUGGGAUUCCGCCCCCGCCUCCGCCUUCCAGGCGCCGCAAGAAAAGCUUCCUGGGGUGGCCCAGAGAGGAAGCUGCGCCGGGGGCGGCGGCAGCGGUGGCGGAGGAGGAGCAGUUGCGUUUGCUCUCGGGCUUAAACCUGGACGGGCUAGAGAUUUUCAGGAUAGCGUGGCUCCAUAAGAUCCCCGUGUUCGCCAACACCAAGGCCUCACACGGGCUCGCAUAUAUGCGGCGCCUCGUCGACGGUAGCGCGGUGCAGAGAAAAGACAUGAUCCGGGAGCGCAUUCUCACUACGCGGACUUUUCUCCUCGAGGCGGCUGCCCACGCCCGGGGCCACCGCGGCACCUUUGACGAGCCGAAUCUCGAGGCGGCGUUGGCGGCGGACGGGGAGGAAGAUCCUAGUCUUGCAGCGUUUGGCUACGAAGCCUUUCGACGGCGGGACUGGGUUCUCAAUGGGAUAUAUUACCAGCAGCGCAGGCUUGAGGCUGAACGGGACGCCCCGAAUACGGUCAAUGUGCGCAGCUGGCUGCAUAAGGAAAGCGCCGAGCAGAGGCUGAAGGGUGUGGCGAUUCCGCACGCCGCCCUAGAAGCAAUACGCGCCGAGUACGGGCAGCUUUCGAGAUUGAACGAGUGA